AUGGCUACGCCAGAGCUGGCCAUCGCAAAAGCCACACUUUCUGCCACGCUCUUCCGCGCCGAUCCUACGUCUCUCAGUCGUCCCGUAGUCGAAGCCUUCUUCCUGCUCCUCACAAACGCCCUCGCCCAGUGCUCGCGCCCCAACGUCCAGAAAUGCAAGGCAUGGAUCCUCGAUAAUGUUGCGCCCUCUACGGCGCGCACCGCUGCCCUUGCAAAAUACUUGGGCGUCUUGUCCAAGAAUCUGCAGGACGAUGGCUCCCGACCUAGUCUCAAACGACGGAGACUGCACCUUAUAUACGUUGUCAAUGAUGUGCUGUAUCAUGUUGUCACCAGAAACGGCAAUAUCAUGUUUGCGACAGCUUGGGACAACGUAUUGCCUGGACUGAUCGCAAGCGCCGCUGCCUUUGACAACUGCCCGAAGCACAAGAAAAAGGUCGCAGAUCUUAUUCGCCUAUGGGACGAGCAGCUAUACUUCACCUCGGAGGUGAUAACCAAGCUUGAAGAGGCCCUCGCCAGCGGAGUCGCACCUCAAUCCGCCGAAGAAACGCAAGUCUCCAAUCCUUCGUUCAAACUCGCGAAGGAUGCGCCCUUCUCUCUACCUUCAUUCCACGGUGAUCAAUCAGUACCGUGGUACGAUCUUCCUGCGACGACAUGGCUUCCUCACUUGACGCCAAACUCAACCAAGCCGAUGUUCCCCGACCAAAUUCGACCUAUUCAACUUGCCCCCGGUCCCGCGGACAAGGUUCUUGUUAAAGCUGUGCAAGACCUGCUGGGCGAUGUAGAGCGCAUGUUUUCUAAGGAGCAAAAGUGGAACGAUGAUCCUACCAGCGACCUCAACGAGCUAGGAGAACGAGUCAUCAUGGACGAGAUAACGGGCGAGAUUAUUGGUGGUGAGACGUACUAUGGCUGGUCUCGCCAGUUUUGCGAAAAGAUGAAGCAGAGAAAAAAGAAAGAUGGCAAAGAAGGAGAUCGAGGACGAUCGCGUUCUAGAUCACGCAGCUAUUCGCGCGAUCGAUCACGAAGUUCUCGGCCAGCACUUAAAAGACCACGAGUUUCAAGAGACUCCAGAGGACGAAGUCUCUCCCGCAGUCGGAGCCGGUCCUACAAUGGUAGCCGUGAUCGGAGUGUCGACCGACGACGUAGUGCUAGUUAUAGCCGGAGUCGCAGUCGAAGCCGAAGCCGUGGUCAGCCAUACAGCCCUUCACGAAGACGGUCUUACAGCAGAUCACCAUCUCGCUCACCUCAGCGUCCCCACGACCGAGACCCUCAAGAUCGUCCAAAUCGACUACCUCCAAUUCCUCAGCAGCUACCGCCAAAUCAGUUCCCUCCAAUGCCUCCACUAGGAAACUUUCCUCUGAUUCCGCCUCCACCAGUUGGCUAUCAGGGCCCCUGGCCACCACCGCCGCCUCCUCCACAUAUGGCACAGAACUGGUUCCCGCCCAAUCCUGCUAUGAUGGGGCAGAUGAUGGGCGGGUGGAAUGCUCCUCCACCUCCACCACCUCCGCAGAAUGGAUAUCAAGGAAGGGGGAGAGGAAAUGGGUUCCGUGGUAGAGGAAGGGGUGGUUAUGAUCGAGGACGAGGCUGGUAA